GUGUGUGUGUGUGUGUGUGUGUGUGUGUGUGUGUGUAAGAGAGAGAGAGAGAGAGAGAAUAUGGUGGGGGAGACCUGGAGAAACCGGCUAAGGGGAGAAAAGGGCAGCGUUGACGACAACGGAAAUCAUGAUCAACGAGGGGGAGGAGAUGGAGAUGGAGAUGCUAUCGCUGUUGGAGCCGAUGGCGCGCUGCGCGUCGCUGGCCAUCGCUAUGGCUAUGGCGACGGCUACAACUAUCACGACGAUAGCGUUAAGGAUUAUUAUUAUGAUAUUAACGAUGGUGGUGAUCAUUGCGGUCAUGGUGGUAAUGGAGGUGAUGGAGGUGAUGGAGGUGAUGCUAUCCCAGGGCGGGGAGACCAAGAUGUCAAAGGAUAUCUCGGGACGAAUACACUUAUGUCACGUCGUGAACGACCGGCCAUGGAGUCGAUGGACCUGGGGUCGGCUAGUACUUCGACUGGGGACUUCUUUCGCCGGCUAUGGGGGACUGCUGCUGUGGCCUCUGAAAUGCUGCAGAACCGAUGGACACUUCUUGUCGCCGUCUUCUGGCUUGAGGUUUUUGCUGGCAUCCAGUAUGCAUUCCCUCUGCUUUCACCGGGGAUCAAACGUUCACUUAUGUACGAUCAGGAAGAGAUUGAUGUCAUGGCUGCCGCCAAGGACUUCUCUUGCAGCUUCAAGUUCGUUGCCGCACUGUUGAUGAACUACUUGAGUACCCCUCUUGUUUUAGUGAUUGGUGCUUCAUUCAAUGUCAUCGGGUUCCUUUCGCUGUGGUUGGCGGUACGACACAAGAUCGAGAUCGGGUAUUGGAUGUUGACUUCUGCUGUUGUGAUUGGUCAUCAGGCUAAUGCCAUGGUUGACGUUGUUGCCAUGGUUGCAUGUGUAACUCACUUUCCAGUAAGGCGCGGUGUGGCGAUUGGAUUGUCGAAGUGUAUACUGGGCUUGUCUGCCGCCAUGGUCACUCAGAUUUACCGCUCAUUCUUCGACCCGAAUGUGGAGCUUUUUCUAUUGGUUCUUGCGACUGUGCCGACAUUGAUAAUGUUGUUAGAAUCGCCAUUAUUCCGGGCCUUCACCAAGCCCGAUGUCGAAGAUGCUGCGACCGCAGAGGCCCGGUUUCGAUUUGUUGAUGCAGCGGUACUUGCUCUGGUCUUCUAUCUUCUGAUGAUCACAUUUACUGAGGAAUACUGGAUAACGACCAAGUUUGCCAAAUAUGCCAGCACAGGCGUGAUGCUGAUCAUUUUCUGCCUUCCAUUACUGGCGCCGCUUGUUCAUGGGAAGUCGUCACCAUCUGAUGCGAGUGAGGAUAACGAAGUCUUUCAUAAGCAGAAAGCGCAUCAAGUUGGCGGAGAGGGGGCGGGGGAAGAACAUGACAUCUCAGUUGUGGCCCACUGCCACCACAAUACUCUCAAUAGCCCGCUACUUCCCGAAGGUUCGGAGGAAGAAGAGGAUGUGAAGCUGCCCGAUAUGACCCCGUUGGAGAGUUUAUGCAGCCUGAGUUUCUGGCUACUCUUACUGAGUGCAGGCAUCGGCAUCGGUUCUGGAGUAGUGGUCAUCAAUAAUUUAUCACAGCUGGUCGAAGCACUUGGAGGGAAAUCUGCUGACACUGAUGUGUCUCUUAUCAGCACUGCAAAUGGUCUAGGAAGGAUAAUUACUGGGAUAGCCUCAGAGACUCUCCUUCACAAGUAUGGAUUACCACGCUCCACUUGUCUCUGUGUGGCAACUGCAGGCCAAACAUUGGCACUGCUUCUGGCGGCAUUUUGCAAUUUCAGAUUCUGUUUGCAAAACAUUGUGAAAUCCACCAGAUCAUUUCCAUUUGGAACAUACGCGAUGGCGUACGUGACAGGCAUGUGGUAUGACUACCAGGCCAGGGCUCAGGAGCAUGACAUGGGGUCAGCACAUCUCAUGGCGUCCGCAUCAGAACUCGUGUGUCGGGGUUCACAAUGUUUCCGAGGCGCAUUUCUCAUCUGUUUUGCGAUGUCAUCCUUUGGCCUUGCCUGCUCAAUUCUUCUCGCUUACCGUACUCGCGGAGUAUAUCGGAACGUCAUCAUUCAUCAGAGGCGAGCAAUGAGAGAAGGUUUGAGGUAGCUGGGUUUCCUGUCUCAGAAGAGCCAGAGCGGGGGGGGGGGGGGGGGGGGGGGGGGGGGGGGGGGGGGGGGGGGGGGGGUGAGUGGACGACUCUUUGACGAUUUGUCGACGACUCGUGGAUGACUCGUUGGGAUGUUUCGAGCGAGCACUCGUGGACUCAAUUAAUUUUAUUAUUAUGGAGACUUAGUGUGGAGAAUUAGUGUAUCAAACGAAUACUUCAACGUUCGAGAAACGACUUUUUGUUUGAUGGCUCUCAAGACUUUGACGACUCGUCGACGGCUCGUUUGACGAUGAUGGCCCGUGAUGACUCUUCGAUCGAUGACUCGUUGAUGGCUCUUAGGUGACUCGUGAAUGACGACUCAAUGAUGACAUGGAUGGUAGUGACUCAUGGAUGGAUAGCUUGUGGAUGACUCGGGGGUCAACGCAUGGUUGACUCGCAGAUAACUUGGCGGUUGAUGUGAAGGACUUGUGGGACGACUUGUGGAGAGCCUUUGCAAAAAUGGUAAAGGAAGAGAAAAGAAGAUAUGAAAAGAAGAGGAGAAGCAGUUGGGGAAAAAGUUGGGGAAAGUGAAGAGGACAGGGAAAGAGAAAUGAGCAAACAGGAGUAGAAGAGAGAGAGAGAGGGAGUGCGAGGGUGCAACCCUGUUCUGACAUGAUUGCAGGCACAAGUGUGACGAGGAGAGAGGAGGAGAAAAAGGAGAGUGGGGAGGAAGAAAGGAGUGAAGCUAGAAACAUACAAGGUUGAACCAGACAGAGAGGAUGUAAAGAGGAGAGGGUGGAGAGUACGCGACGUAAGGAAAGAGGAAGAGGGGGAAGAGGAAUGUGCUGUCGAAGCCGCAGGCCAGCUGUAAUGACAGGAGAGAAGAGAGGGAAGAAAGGCAAACAAUGAAGGAGAAGAAAGGAGAGUACAUGCGACUCUUUUUCGGAGAGCUGAUCAUGUGGCUGACACGUUCGGAGCACAUGAUGACAGCGUAAGAGGUCAUAAGAGAGCAGCAGAUGGCAGCAAGGGGAGAAGCAGGGAAAAGGCUGAGAAGAGAAGCGCCAAGCAUCCAAAUCGCGUGCCCAAUCUAUUGCAGAGAAGACAACAGAGGACCUGAGACUCUCUCUUCGUAAGAGGUUGAUCGUGUGUGUAGCUAAUAUGCUCUGCGGAGUCUGCGCACAAUGCCCCGCAUGAUGAAAACACAGAAGCAGGGAGAUGAGAGUAGAAGACACCAAGGAUGGAGAAGGGGGAAAGGGGAGAAGAGAGAAGUGAGUGUACAGUCUCUUUUGUCCAAUCUACACCAGGCGAACGCUAACAGGUUGGGACUCAGCAAAAAAGAGGGGGGGGACAGGAAACGGAAAACAAAGGAGGCCCCUGGGGAAAUCCGAAAAAAAAAAAAAAAAAAAAAAAAAAAAAAAAAAAAAAAAAAAAGGCAACGAUGCGAGGAAGAUGAGCAUGUCCCCUGCAUGAGGAUGACAUGCGCAAAUCAGUGGCUUUGUCGACCUUCUUCUCAUCCUUGGAGGAAAUCAAGCGCCAAGGGACAGAGAUGUCCUGUCCAUGGCGGUUGGUGGCUCAAGAGAUACCAUCCAUGCAAGGAAGGAAGCAGUGGCAAGGAAGACGGUACGUCGUGACAGCUAAUCCAAUGCAACAUUGACUCAGUUUAGCUCAUAAGACUUAAAUCACCAGUACUUCCUGAAAACGCUCCCGUAUACGCCGAGCGAAAUUUGGAAUGAACGGGCCUGGGCCGG